CAGCACUGUUUCUGCGACAAGGUAGCCAUCUGCUGGUUCUGCUUCUACUACAUACUGUUGCUUCCGCCCACUGCUGGCUGCUCACUGCUUGCUGCUUGCUUGCCGCUCCUCCUCCACCUCCACCUACCACACCUCAGGCUCGACCGAGGGUAGACGGAGAAGAAUACGACAUAGCAAACUACCUACCUACUAGAUACAUCUCGCCCACUUCCGAUCCCGACUCUGCUAGCGAAGCUGGUUCAGCGAGACCUCGACGGCUCUAGCUCUCCUCUAUACUUUCUAUACUCACCUCAAUGCGCACCAUUGUCUUUUUCUUUUUUUCCUUCUGGAUAGGUUAGCGGCAUCAUUAGAAGCUCGAGUGGUACUGUAAACUCUAGACAACCAAUCUGAUUCAUUCACCGGCCGAGAAACGGCGUCAGCCGAACUUAAUACCCCCCCUAGGACGUGGGGAAACCAAGUUGACCUGUCAUACGCAAGACGCAAGAGAAAAGCUCCCCGUCCACCCGUGCACAGGCGUUAGAGGAACAGGAGGGGGGUUUCCUUUUCCCUUUUGUUUUCCUCCAGUAUAGAACACAGCCACGGCCGCGACAUCAUUGACCACGACCGCGGACUGUGCAAUGGCGAAAAAUCCCACAAUAACAGAGCACGACUUCCGCUUUCCCAGGCGGCCCUUCGAUUCUACAGCCGCCGGGGAAGAGAUCAAAGAUGAGGGGAGUCCUGGUGACCUGCGCAUCCGGGAGCUGAAUCUGAACAUGGCGGCGAUGGAUACUUCCAGUGUCGCGCGACACGAUUUUCUCCAGACAUCUCUAUUCUCUCACCUCGAGAACGACAUGUCUGGUUCGGAGCAGACGGUGGCUGAGAUGCAAGAACAUGAUCCGUUGGCCAUGCAAGUGUGGAAGUUCUUUAGCAAGACGAAGCAGAGCCUACCGAAACAGGAGCGCCUGGAGAAUUUAACAUGGCGGAUGAUGCACGCGGUUCUUCAAAAAGGGCGGGAACAGCAAGCUAAGCAUGACGAGCGCAUCCCUGUGCAUGGCGAAUCUUGCCGGCCCCCCAUUUCUACUAGUUCGACCGCUACGACAGUCAUUGCCGACUCCUCAACUUCUGCUCGUCUUAAUAGCAUUGCGGGCACUAGCAACGCACCCAGCGGCAUCGCACAACUGAGGAAGGCGACGGACCAAAAUGCGUCGCAGCCAGAGCCCAUGAAUCUGGACGACUUCAUCUUUCCCGACAAUGUGGCUCCGUCAGCCGGUUUCACAUCGCCACUUGACAGCGGGAAACAGGAGAAAGAAAAGUCGGCAACUCGCGCCGCCGCUGCCGCGAUUCCUAUCAAGUCUCGUAAAGCGUCGGGACAGCAUUUUGUGCCUCAGUCGGUGCCGGCGCCUCCUCACCAGAGGACGCAGGAUGAGUUCGGCUAUGUAACCCGACAUCACCGGAAAACUAGUAUCGAUGAGCGACGUGCCCGGAAUUUAAAGCGUCCUGCCAAUUUCUCCCCACAUGUGUCUGCCCUCAGCAACAAUGCCAUCAACGGCAGCGAAAUGGACGCCGACUCCGAUCUCCAGGACUACAGUCUAGAUAUACCGAAUCAAGCAAGCUCUUCGCAUUUAACUCAUCAAAAUGCCACUCCCUUUUCUAUUGAUACCUUUCAAAUGGAGAGCGACCCCAUCCUUACAUCCGCAGGGCCAUUUCAGCAAAGCUUCAUGUUUUCACCAUCAACAUCGCCUAUGGUUACUCAUGGCCCCUUUUCCAAUGUCUAUGGGCAACAUCCCGCGUCUAUCAAUGGCACCGACUAUUAUUCUCCUCCAGGCUCUGCCUAUCCCUCGGCAGUAUCAACUCCACAUCCCCUAGCUGAAAACGAGAACAUGUACUUCAGCUCUAUGGAUAUGCGCCACCAACGAAAUCAGAGUUUCCGCCAGAUUCCCGGCUCUAUUGGUACUCAAAUGAAUCAACAGUUCAUGUACCCUUCAAACAACAACUCGGUAUUUCCUACGUCUACUGGUCCCGACGUAUCUUCAGCCUUCACAGCUGGGCCUAGCUUCGGUCAUGUUAACCCCAGCCAAGUGUUUCAGCAUGAUCAAACCGCUCGUUCACCCGGCAUGGGCAUGAUGCAUGAGAAUAUGUUCUCGUUUGGGGGUGACUCUGAUAACGAAGAUGACGAUGGCGGUGCAUUUGCUGACCGUAAUAUGAGCAUGCAUCAAGACAUUUCACCUAGCGAAGACUCUGGGAUGGACAUGGGUGGCCCAAACCCUCUCGGAUGGGAUGCCUCAUUGCCUGGCCAAUUCAGUACGCACGCUGCUCGCUAUCCCGGUGGUCCACCCCGGAAGCAGGUGACGAUUGGCGGCACGACAACGGAGUUCGUUGAUCCUAGCGAGUGGGCUAGCCAUAGUCUACCACGCACGCAAUCAUUCCGCAACAUGGGUGACAAGCGCCAAAAGAUUCCCCGUAACGUUUCAACUCCAAUGGGCAAUCAUGGCAAUCCUUUCGACCGCCUAGCACAGUCGAACCCGAACUCGCCGCCUCCAGACGGAGCAGGUACUGUCUCAGGUUACUCAUCCGUCGCACCAAGCCGGCCCGCCUCACCACUUGGUUCUAAGCAUGGAUCCACUACUAACCUACAAUCAUCUAACGGUAAUCAAGGCGAUGGGAAUACACCAACGACCUGUACAAACUGCUUUACGCAGACUACGCCUCUUUGGCGACGCAAUCCCGAAGGGCAACCCUUGUGCAAUGCGUGUGGUUUGUUCCUGAAACUGCACGGCGUCGUGAGGCCGCUCAGCUUGAAGACUGAUGUCAUUAAGAAGCGCAACCGCGGAUCAGGAGCAAGCCUACCUGUAGGCGGCACCAGCACUCGGUCCAAGAAGACUGCCAGUGGUGCAUCCGGUACGACAUCAGGACCCGCAUCGCGCAAAAACUCCACGCUUGCUAUAUCCACGUCAACCACUACAGCACAAGCAACAACGCCUCCCUCCAUAACCAGGGCCGGUAGCGUGAACGAGGGCGAGAGUCCAGCCAGUGGUGGCGGCUCUGGUGGUAACACUGCAGGAAGCACGCCGGCCAGUUAUGCAGGCUCAACAACUGGCGCUGUCGGAGGCAAGGGUGUCGUUCCGAUCGCGGCGGCCCCUCCUAAGAACACGCCAGGGCCUGGUGCCGCAUCCUUACCCCGUAACAUUGCUGCCGCAGGCUCUUCAAAGCGGCAGCGCCGGAGUAGUAAGAGCGCUGGCACGAACGAAUCAGCUGGCGGUAUGGAUAUCGACAGCCCCGAAAAUUCUACUGGUUCGAAUGAGACCGCCCGAUCUGUAGGCUCGUCGAGUGGGUUUGUGCCCAUGCAGACCUCUGGCGGAAAUGUUGGUGGUAUCGGCAGCAGCUUUGGUAUAACGCAACGGCCUAUGAUGAGCUCCGGCAUGGUGGGAAUGCCCAGUAACCAUCCCAAUGGGAUGAUGACCUCGGGCGCCGGAACUGGACCUCAGGAAUGGGAGUGGCUCACAAUGAGCCUUUAGGUUUGGAUAGAAUAGAAGAAGGAAAUACGCAUUGUGGUCUUGGGCGCAGUGCAGGAGAAGUCACUAAAUCUGCAAUGGUGUCUCUUGGCGAUGUUCCGUACCCUGCCUAUCAGAGCAGACGCCCGAUUUCUAUUCUACCCGGUCGGCGACUCAGUACGAUACAUACACGUUUCACUAGGCAAUGGGAUGGACGGAUGAUUCACGACGGCAUCGCACACGACUCGGCGUUACGGUGUUGGCAUAUUAACUUACCCUUGGAUGACGAUUUUUCUUAUUCUUUUGAUACCAUAUCUUGCCGCGCAUUGCAGGUUUUCGUCUUUUAUAUACGUCCUUCGGUUUGGCCUACGAUAAACGCAACGCCCCGCCUCUCCAGGUCAACUUGGUGCACCAGAUUUAUGCAGAGGGAAAUCAAU